AUGGAGGCCGUCUUCAUCCCGAUGGAGUCGAUUGCCAUAUCCAACGUCACCAUUAUCAUGGUCGGCAUGUCAAUCUUCGCGACACCGAGCUGGGGUCAGAGACGCGGAGGCGACGGCUCCGCAGCGGGCUCGCCGCCCACCAAGAAGCAGGUCUCGGAGCUACUGCCGGGCGGCGAGGACGUCAGCACAGUCGCGAAGUUGCGAGUGGUACCCACGAAGCUGUCGCUCGUGAACGCCGCGGACAUCCGGGAGGUCACGGGCGCGCUGUGGAACAUUAUGACGGCGGACGGUAAGGGCAUUGUCGCCACGCGCAUGCUCGGGCAAGGUCGCGUCUACUACGAGGCUGCCAAGACCGCCAAGAACGACCCUGCCGCUCAAGAGGCCCCGGGGCAACCCUACGCGCGCGUCUUCGCGGGGCUCAUGCAGGGCGUCGCGGAGCACAGCAACUUGGACGAAUCUACGAUGGUACCACAGGCGGAUCCGCUCGGCAAAGUGCUGCGCUGCAAAUGCAAGCCCGCCAAGCCGAAGGAGGGCAGACCAAGGUUAGCGAAAGUCACCGUCGCGAUGGGCGCCGAGCACGACUCCCUGCAGCGCAUCUGGGCCAAAUCACUCGCGAUGAACGGCGGGGUUCUCAAGCGCGGGUCCGCGCCCCGCGGCCCACUCAAGAGGGCGGCGCAGGAGUGCGGCACCACGUUCCAGGGGCAGCCCUCGAGGUACGCGCGCCGCGCCGCGGGGGUGCGGGGGCUGCUGGCCUACAACCGCGAGGCGGGCGUGACGGAGCAGGAGUACGACGAGUGGCUCUACACCGUGCACUACCACGACCUCCUAGCGAACCCUGCUCUGCGCGGCAUCACCCUGAGCACGGUGCUUGCGGAGAAGCCCAUCUUGUCUUCUGGCUUAGAGGUGGGUGUCGACCCAGCCACCAGCUUCUGGCGCCUUGUAGAGCUGCACUUCGACAGCCUGCAAGACUACCGGCAGUACGUCGAGUGGUUCAAGUCGCACGUCAUCCCGCAGCCGCGGACGCCUGCUGGCAGGUCUUCCUUCCGCUUCUACGUCCUCUCGUCGGCCGAGGAGAUGGUUCGCUUGGGCCCCGCGUCCUGA